AAACUAACCCCUGGGGCAAAUGAAAUCCUGCCCAAAGGGCUCUUGAGCACGUUAAAAGGACGCCAAUUGGGGGAAGCGCGCCCUCUGCUGGCUGCCUGUGGGAAUUGUUGGGUGGGUGACUUCAACAUCCCAUCAUGCUUUCAAGAGGUUCCCGUUAAGGUCCGCCUCCGCCCUUGUCUCCAGGAAGGACAGAUCAGGAAACAAAACAGCGGUGGAGAUCGACUGAUACCUUGGGGAUCGCCGUCAAAGAAGGGCGUGUGGGGCCGGGGAUCGACUGGCUGGCUGGGAGAAUAAGAGCCAUUACCUCUUAAGCAAUGGCAGAGUUGCCACUCCCCGCUGCUGGGAAUCCUGCCACCCACCCUUCUGACGCUGCUGCAGAAUCACCGUCACCCGUUGCUGAUUCAACACCAGGUGAGAACGGCACGCUCGAGGGGAAAACCCCGUGCCGUUUUUUCAAGGAAGGGCGCUGCCGCUUUGGGACUCGUUGCCGCAAUCUCCACCCCACUGAUCCAGGCAACACCUGCAAUUUAGAAGACCACAGACCUCCCAGCCAGGAACUUUCCCUGCACCCUCCCGCGGAGAAAAAACCUCCCAUGAAAACUGCCGAGGACGUCAUCUCCCUUCGCAUAGAGGCUGCGGAUGGGACCCCCGGGUGCCGGGCUAUUGAAUCGCUUUCCACCAUCGGGCUACCUGAUCGGCAGUAUCUUAAGCUGACCUUAGAAGAACCUUUUGCCGCUUUCUCCUGGGAGGACCUGGCUUCGGCCGCGCCCGGGGUGCUGGCUAUCCCCAAACAUAGAAUCCAGUACUUCAAAUACGGGGACGUGUGGGACAAAGCCAGCCGCACAGACGACGUCUUUGGGUCUACAGGCGGCGGGAGAACCAUCUUACAGGUGAUAAAGGAAGAAGAAGCUGCGGCAGAGGCUGUUGGGGGAAAGGCGCACGGCCGUGCUCCAGAUGAAGGAGGAGGGAGAACGGGAGAAGAGGGCAGUCUUGAUUCAGCCGGAGAUGUAGAAAAGGGCUUGGACGGAGCAGCCGGCAGACAGGAGGCAGUUGAGCAGUUUGGGGAAACGGUGGAAAACUUGGAUGGAAGUGCAGCAACCGGGGAGGCAGGAGGAAAAGUGGCCGAGUCGGGCACAGUAGGACAUCCCGAGGAAGAGUUGUCCACGUUGGUUGGCAUGAAACAGGAAGAUGAGCCAAUGGUAGGGGAGGAGGAUGAAGAAAACGGGGCUUCUGAAAGCAGAACUGGGAGACACUUUCCUUGUCACAGACAGCGCCCGACCCACUUCCUGGCCAUCCAGGUCACAAGUUCUGAGAUUCGGAAAGCGGCGGGGCAUAUCCAGAGUACCCUUUGCAAGGUCCGCCCGGACUUAGCUGAAUUCUGUGUGCCUCUGCCUACUCUCCACCUCACGUUAUGCCUGCUGCGUUUAGACACCCCCGAAGAGAUCCACAGAGCUAUUGCGGCUCUGCAGGAGCUGCAAACGCACAACCGUCGGCUGCUGCCCCCUGCCUUGGUCACGUCCUUCCAGGGGGUGGAGAUGUUCCAUUCCCGCGUGCUCUACAUGUGCCCGACCUCUGUGGCUGAUCUGGGAACACUGGUCCGCACUUUGGAAGAUGCCUUUCGCAGGAAGGGUUUGACGGUGAUUCCCCCUCCCAAGCAAGAUACGUUCCACUUGACGGUGGUGAAGAUCCCCAGGAAGCUGGGGCUGCACUUGCCAGCGGAUUCUUCCUGGCUCCCUCCCAUCGAAGAUUUGGAGAGCCAGGCUGUAGAGGCAAUAUGCUUGUGUGAGGUCGGGCAAGGGAGGAAGACGGAUGGAUUUUAUACCACUGUGUUGAAAUUAGAUCUGUACUGGGAAGGGAACGGGUAGCAGCCGGCAGAUAAGUACGGCUUGGACUCUGGGCCUAGCUUCUGUCCACUCUUGAGGGAGGGAAGGGUCUUCUAAUAAGGCCGUCUCCUCAUCCCACUUGAAUUCAUUCUGGAUUAAGAGUUGGAUUUAUAUCCCUCCUUUCUCUCCCAUAAGGAGACUCAAAGGGGCUUACAAUCUCCUUUCCAUUCCCCCACAACAAACACACUGUGAGAUGAGUGGGGCUGAGAGAG